UCAGGUGACCAAAACAUUGCGAUCAUCAGGCUUGGCAAGAUUUUGUUGUGUCGCCAAAAUUCAAUGGCAUCGUUGGUUCUUGUUGACAUAAUCUUUGGACUUUGAUACUGAAUUUAUGGGGUCAUAGUUCUUCUCAUGUAUAUCGGAGAUAAUAAUACACCGUUAUGACAGCCACAAGUUCUAAAACAGUAUCAUACGGCGGACUAGACGAAGGAUCACACAACAACAUGACGUUUACCGGUGUCGAGAUGCCUAACGGAGGCCGGGCCCCUGCUGGAGCCACGAGUGGGGCGUCAGGAGACGAGGGAACUCCGUUGCUUCGAUACGAGUUGGACAGGAGUAUUUCAACAAGCCCUCAUAAUAGUGCCCGAAAUUUGUCCACCUUAUUUGGCUGUUUUAUGCCAUGUGUACUGUCCAUAUUCAGUGCCAUUCUCUUUUUGCGUGUUGGUUUUGCCAUUGGCCAUGCAGGCCUCUUGGAAACAAUUGGCAUGUUUACACUGGGGUAUUUCAUCGUUAUGCUCACCGUUCUCUCGCUGUGUGCAAUCUCAACCAAUGGAGCAGUAGAAGGGGGCGGAGCUUACUUUAUGAUCAGCCGUGCUCUAGGACCAGAGCUCGGUGGCAGUAUUGGAUUCAUAUUUUACUUGGCUAAUGUCUUCUCUUGUGCUUUCAACUGCAGUGCCUUCACUGAAAUUUUGGAAGACAACUUUGGAUCGUCAGGCUCGAUUGUCCGUAAUGGCAUACCUACGGGAGGGUCUGAAGCGCGUUGGUGGACCUUCCUCUACAGUUCAUCGGUCCUCAUGUUCUGCUUCCUGGUGUGUCUCAUCGGAGCUAAGAUGUUUGCUCGCUUCACUGGCAUCAUCUUCCUCACCGUCCUCGCGGCCAUCGUCACCAUCAUCGUCAACGCUUUCAUCCAGGGACCAUUGGUGGUGGAGUUACCUGUGGACAAUGUGCUUAUACCCCACAACUCAACGGCCAACUAUACAGGACUUAGUCUUCAAACUCUAGAGGACAAUCUUUUUUCCAAUUAUACGGAGGAUUACACCACCAGGGACCAACAGAGCUUCUUAAUAGUCUUUGCCAUCGUCUUCAACGGUAUCACAGGCAUUAUGGCAGGGGCUAACAUGUCUGGUGAGCUUCGUAACCCUGGUCGAGCGAUUCCCCUUGGAACCCUAGGAGGAUGUUUGUUUACGGCAGUCAUCUACAUCAUUGUCUUUCUUCUAGUAAGUGCGACAUGUACCAGGGACCUAUUGAAGAAUGAUUAUAACUUCCUGCAGCAUGUGAAUAAGGUGGGUCCUCUGAUCGCUGUAGGGGUCAUAGCAGCGACCCUCUCUACCUCUCUUAGUACACUCAUCGGUGGAUCAAGGGUGCUAGUAGCUCUCGCUAAGGAUAGAGUGUUUGGAUCUGUGACGAACCCCAUAGCUCGAGGGGUAACUAAAGGAGGCAAUCCCAUAGCAGCUCUCUUGGUCUGUUGGUUUAUGGUACAGAUGGUCCUCUUUAUAGGAGAACUGAAUGCCAUAGGUCCCUUGGUAUCUGUGUUCUUCCUCCUCUCCUAUGCUUGUGUCAACCUUGCCUGUCUAGCUUUGGAAGUGGCUUCUGCUCCGAACUUCAGACCUUCAUUCAAAUACUUCUCAUGGCACACGUCCCUACUGGGUAUGAUCGGGUGUAUCAUCAUGCUCUUCCUCAUCGAGCCCCUAUGGGCUUUCGUAGCCAUCGGUCUCUUCAUCUUCCUCCUCGUGGUGGUCAUCAUCUGGGGACCUCAUAACCAGUGGGGUUACGUCGGCCAGGCGCUCAUCUUUCAUCAGGUACGGAAAUACCUUCUCUUACUGGACAUCCGCAAGGCUCACGUCAAGUUCUGGCGACCGCAGAUACUCCUCCUCGUCUCCAACCCUCGAGCUUCCACCCAGCUCAUACGCUUCGUCAACGACAUGAAGAAGAGCGGCCUCUAUGUGAUAGGGCAUGUCAAGACAGGGCUCCUGGACGAGUGCCACUAUGACCCUGUCCAGCAGGAGUACCCGGCGUGGCUCUAUCUGGUGGAAUCCCUCAAGGUCAAGGCCUUCGUAGAGCUGACACUGGCUCCUAGUGUACGGGAGGGAGUCAUGCAUUUGAUGCGCAUAUCUGGAUUAGGUGGUAUGAAACCAAACACAGUAGUAAUGGGAUUCUACGAUGACAGAAUACCCGUCAACUCACUCAACCAAGCCAAGGCUGAGAAACCAUCCCGCUUCCGCUUCACCACCGACAGUGAUGAAGAAGAGAUGGGUCAAGUCCUCACCCAGUUACCCAAGAUACGAACAGAAGCAGAGACCAAGGCUCUCUCUGCUGAUCAGUACGUGUUGAUGAUCAGCGAUGCGGUGCGGCUUCGCAAGAACAUCUGUCUGGCGCGUCACUUCUCUUCUCUUGACAUGGACGCUCUGCUCAACAGUACCAAGGAUUCCUUCAUCGAUGUCUGGCCGGUCAACUUCCUGAAGCCUGAGCUAGCUGGUUACCUAGACACUGCUUGUAUCUUCCUACUUCAACUGGCUUGUGUCCUGCACAUGGUGCCUAAGUGGAACCGACACACGCGACUCCGUGUCUUCCUCUGUGUCGACUCCGACUACACGUCCACCAAAAAGAAGAAGGCCAAGCUCAACAAGUUCCUGCUCGAUCUGCGCAUCAACGCAGAGAUCGUCACCGUUCCGUGGAACCAUAUAACAUCGCUCAACACCUACCAGAUGAACUCACAGAACGGCGAUAUCGCCCCAAGCCUCGUCAUGUCAGUAUCGGAGGAAUAUCUACUCGCGCUGAAUAAUAUGGUGCGGGACUACACGUCAUCCACUUCGGUUGUCUUCUGUUAUCUGCCCCUCGCACCUGCGGACCCGCAGUAUCACAUGACGUACUUACGCCAUCUUGAUCUCUUGACUCAAGAUCUACCACCGACGAUGCUUGUACAUGGCUUUAGUGAAGUUACAUCAACAGUAAUGUAAAACUUAACUCUUAAACAAGUACUUUAACAAAUUGACAGUUAUUGUAAAAUUAAGAAAGGUACAUGUAUAUAACCAUGUAUUUAUAUAAUGUACAUGUAUUUUGAUAUCAAAAUUCCAAACCUAAUAUUUGAUUUCAAUCUGCUUGCUCUUUGUAAGAUUUUGUGAUCAUAUGUUUGCAAUGCACAUAAUGUUAAAAAGAAAAAUAAGUGCAAUAAUAUGAAAUGUAAUUUCUAAAACGCAGCAUAUGCUUGAAUAAGUUGUAAUAACCAACUUUGUUAGUAAUAGCCCAAUUUUCCCAAUUAGUAGGAAUUGUAUUAGGGGAGGCUAGCCUGCUUCAAGGCAUUGAUGAAAGCCUUCAUAGUAUUCAUGUGCCACAUUUAGAACUUGACAUACAAGUAGUAAGUAAUUGUGUCCAUGUACAUAUACUUCAUCCUCAUAAUGGCACCAUGAUAAGGAAAAAUAGCAUCUACAUUCCAUCACAGCAAUACAUACACAUUGUAUGGAAUAGUAUAUUGACGUGUGGUUGCAUCAAAUUGUCCUUUCACUGAGCGGAGCAAAUAUAGUGAAUGUGAUUUUAUUUGGCCAUGUGUAUUGUCAAAAUGGCAGGCAUUGUAAUGUAUACAGUCACAAAUGUCAAAUAUACACUUCAUACAUACGGUACACAUUUUAUUGAAUAGUACAUUGGUGCGAGAUUGCAUCAAACUGUCCUUUCAAUAAGCAGAGAAAAUGAAGUGAUUGUGAUUUUAUUUGUCCACGUGUAUUGUCAAAAUGGCAGGGAUUGUAAGUACCUGUAUACAUGCACUAAUGUCAAAUAUACACUUUAUACAUACACAUUUUAUUGAAUAGGUACAUUGGUGUGUGGUUGCAUCAAACUUUCCUUCCACUGAGCAGAACAAUUAUACGGUAGUGAAUGUUAUUUGAUUUGAAAACUUGUAGUGACAAAAUGGCA